AUGUCUGAUGAGAAUGAAAGAGACAACAGUCAAGUCCUUGCAGCAUCGGUCCGCGAUGUGCGAUAUUUCGCGGCACUUCUUCGCGGAGUGAACUUUGGAAACCGCGCCACCGUGAACAUCAGCGAGGUCGGACUAACGGUGAGCGUGGAAGACGCACGAACUUUACUAGGGACUGCAUAUAUAUUCCGUGAUGUUUUCGACGAUUAUACGUACAACCCAGAAGCCCUCUCUUCGUCGCAGGACUCAUCACAGAAAGAAGAUGAAGACGAGGAGCAGCGCAACACCGCGUUCGAGAUACCACUGAAUACGUUCAUUGAGUGCCUCAAUGUUUUCGGCACAGCCGGCGGAGUAGCUACGACUCCGAAAUUCCGGCAGUGGCGGCGUGACGACGACUUGGAUCGGGAUGAGCGCAACGACGACGAAGCAGGGCCGUCAGAUCGCGCACGCUCGAAAGCUUCUGGAAAUGCGCGCAUUGACCAGUUUUUUGACUCCGAGAAGGGGACGGGGAUGCGCAUGUCGUAUGCUGGGGCAGGUUACCCGCUGUCGAUGCUAGUAGCAGAAGACUCCAAGGGUCCCACUGCGACAUGCGAAGUCACCACGUUCGAUCCGGAGGCUCACCUCGAGUUACCGUUUGAGACCACGGAAACAGUUUUGAAAAUAAUCCUGAAGUCUUCAUGGCUCCGCGACGCACUGUCUGAGCUUGAUCCGUCAUGCGAGAAACUCACAAUUACAGGCAAUCCCCCUCCACCUCCCGGGAGGGCUGCUCGAGCGUCAAUACAACCCAGAUUACGACUCCAAGCUGCGGGGACAUUCGGAAGUACUGAGAUGGAUUACCCCAGCGACAAGGAGGUGCUCGAGACAUGUGAGUGCGAGAACACGGUCAGCUUCAGCUACCGCUUCAGCCAUAUCUCUAAGACAUUGCGCGCGCUGCAGAGCUCCUCGAAGACCUCGCUGCGGAUCAACGAGGAAGGGCUACUGAGCCUGCAGUUCCUCAUGCCGUCGCCAAAGUCACGAGCUGGAGGAGGUGGCGGUGCCAGUGCGUUCAUCGAGUUCCGUUGUCUGGCUCUAGAUGAAGGGACAUGA